CCGUGACGUCACCCUGCGCGCGGCGGCAGAUUCGAAACUCCUCGGGCACAGGCGCGGCUGGAGCAGGAAGGCCGCUCUGCUUGAGAGAAAAGAGAGGGAGCCGCCGCCGCCGCCGGGAUGAAGAACACCGUUCCGCGGAGCACCGUGAAGAAGCUGCUGAGCAAGCACAAGCCGCACUUGCGCAUGCGCGCCAACACCGACCUGCUGGUGAGGGGGGACGGGGAGCGAAGGCGGUGCGUGGGGAAGGGGAGGCCGCAAGAAGCCCAGUGGCCUGUCUCCAACGGAGGUCGGUCGGAUACUCCCAGGAAAGCCUCCACAGGCGCUUGCCCAAACCGCUUGCCCGCCUUCCCCACCCCCACGCCGCUCACUAGCUUGCUUAUACCUGAAGGGUCCUUAGCGCCUCGCCGGUCGCUCUCCAGGAUCAGGGACAGGCCUUGGCAGAUCCCGGCGCCCCGUGAAAGGAAGCGGGUGUGUCUAGGGGACUCCGGUUAUCCGCAGCUGGUGUUGCGGAUUUCGUGUCGGGUGCUCCCACCCGUCGCCGUAUGUGAUGGCGCUUUCGCUAGUGCUGUGACGUGCCAUAGGAGAUAGAGUCAUAAAAUUGUAAGAGUUGGAAGGGACGCCAAGGGUCAUCUAGUCCAACCCCCCGUGGCUCAGGAAGGGGUGUUUAGGGUGCCACCCAAGCUGUUUGGCCAAGGUUUUAGAACUCACGCCCAUGAAUUGUACAGUACAGUGGUACAUCGGGUUACGUAUGCUUCAGGUUACAUACGCUUCAGGUUACAGACUCCGCUAACCCAGAAAUAGUACCUCGGGUUAAGAACUUUGCUUCAGGAUGAGAACAGAAAUUACAUGGUUGUGGCGCAGCGGCGGCAGUGGGAGGCCCCAUUAGCUAAAGUGGUGCUUCAGGUUAAGCACAGUUUCAGGUUAAGAAUAGACCUCCGGAACGAAUUAAGUUCUUAACCCGAAGUACCACUGUGGUAGUAUUAUCUACCUUUCUUCGUUGUUUCCUCCACUCCCCUGUUUGCAGCAACCAUCCGACACCAGUUUUUCAAAAGUUGUGUGAAACAGCCAUCACGUUUUCAGUGUGAGUGUGCUAUGAGGAGAUAUGUGGAUGUUGACAGCACAGAAGUCAAGUAAUAUAUUUGCAUCCUUAGUGUAAGAUUUAAGGAACAUUAGUUUGUGUGGAGUGCUUCAUUAAUCAACAGGUAGUGGCUUUUAAGCAUUUCUUUGGAAAUAACACUGCACUCUUCUUUUAAAGGUACAUUUGAAUGUCUUACUGUUUCUCCAUCGACUAGCUGUAGAAACCAGGACCAAUGCUAUUGCAGAAAAGAGCAAAACUAUUAAAUCUCGACAUGUUCGCUCUUCAGCAAAGGUAAUUGCAGUUUAACAGCUGAAAUUCUUUAUUGAAUCUAAGUAUUUAAACACUGUAAACACCUCACACAUUAAUACUAAAUAUCAAUACUGAUUUAAUCAAAUGGAAAGCAGAGCAAUAUGUUUGGUACCAGCUUGGCUGCAUUAGCUGCCAGAAGGAGGCUUACAAGGCGUCAUCCAACUGUCUUAGGGACUCCACUCUGGAUUUGUGUAGGGUUUACUCCUUAGCCUUUUCUUCUCCUUAAGAUAUUCCACAAGGCAGGGGAGGUUUAGGUUCAGAGUUUUCCUUCUCAUAGAUGGGCUACCUUCCCAGGUUGACAAGCCCCAUCUGUCCCUCGCUUCCUUCUACAAAACGUGCAGAAACUGCCUUCUUGACCAUUGGAACCACGAGUAAUCUUGUCUGCUCAAUCUACCAGAGUCUGUCUUCUCAUGCAGGGGAAUUCCCUCACUUACUGAGGGUUUGAGACCCAUCGGCUACCCUCAUCUGGUUCAACCGGCCAUUUGAAGCUGUUCCUGGGGUGUGGCUGCUGUCGCAUGCUGACAGCUUCUAGGAGUCACAGUUGAGAGCUGAGUGCAGGGUGGGGACCAAAGGUGGACAAAGUACCCUAGAAGGAGCAUACAUAUUAUUAUUACUCAUAACUUUAAAUAUUCACAUCAUAAACUUUUAUUAUUAGAGAGGAGAGAUAGUUAUGAGUUUCUCUAGAGGAGCUGAGGCUGUCAUUACACAUCGGACUGUACUGACUAUUUUUUAAGUUAACACAUAUUCUUUUCUCAAAGUUGUACAUAAAAGUACAAAGUGCCUUAUUAUACAGUGAAGGGGGGGGGAUUUCUUUUAACAGAACUUAAGAGCCAGACAGAUUUUCAAGGAGUCUGCUAAGAGGGAGUAAGCAUACUAGUAAAAGAGGGGAUCUUUAUUGGUAUACUGUAUUUUUCAACAGUUUUUCUCUCCAUUCCCAAUACGUUUUGCUUAAUUUCUACCCAGACAGCCUUAAAAUACCUUCUGGUUUGGAAGCCCUUGCCCACAGUCUUUUAAGAUCUGUGGUUGGCUGGUUGUAAUUAGUCACUAGUUGGAGGAAAGGACUCUGCAUGCAUAAGCUGGAGGGUACGCAGACCAACCUGAUAACCAGCUAUAGUGGUGCUCCAGUGUCAAGCUACCUUGGAUGUUGUCAUGAUGUAACUUUCUCUAUUGCACAGCACAAGUUGGUGCUGAGUGAAGGUUAUGUGACAACCCUAUCUCUGAUAAAUUGGAGAUAAGAAUACUGCUAAUGGGAUAUAUGGCUAGGCUGGAAAGGAAGGAGAUGCUAAAGAAGCAAGAGUAGGCAGCAGCCGCCAGGCUCUGUCCUUUGCAGUGGCAGUGCCUGGAGCAUUAGAAGGGUGCAGGUUCCUGCAAAUUGAGUUACUUUGCAAGGACAUAGGCAUGAGGCAGCUAGCAGCACAGACUGAAGGCUUUCUCUGCUUCAGACUUCUAAGUUUCACUCUCCAGGCUAAUUUUUAAAUUGUUAGCAGUACUAGAUAGCUUCUAGUGAGGACUACUAGCUGCACAUCUCUGGAAAGGUAAAAAUGUGGGAGGACUGUGGGAGGAGUUCCUGACAAAAAGCUGCUACUUGCAUGAUCUCUGAAGCUGCUAUUUGUAUUUCAAGAAAAACCUCCUGAAAGGGUGUGACACAAUGCUAUUUUACCUGCUGAAAGAUUUCCAGUGACUGCCUGAGCAGGAGAGCAAAAGCUCUGUCCACCGACCUUCUGAAUAAGUCACUUUGCUCUUGUCAUAGGAGAAGGGUUAGCCUGACCAUGUCUUGGGAGGCUUAUAUAUAUUAUUAUUGCUGUUUGUGUCUUUUUCAGAGAGCUUGUUUUAUAAAGUUGAAGUUUUCAGAAUCUAUUGGGCAGUUGUGCAACAUAUAAUUUUGAUUGAAUUGCUCCCAAGUCAUUGAAUAAUACUGUGAAAAAGUCUUGAAAAACCCGCAUCUAUGUAUGCAUAUGCAAAGUUAUAGCCGUCCUAUCUGAAAUAUGCACCAUGUUAAGAAAAGGAACAAAGCAGAGAACACGGGCUGCCUCUGAUUCUGACAGACAAAACUCUGGCUUACAGCAGCUGUAGUAAGAUCAUUUAAUUUUUCUAGUCGUGUACCCACCCCUUCUUUUUUGUUUCGGGGCAGGGAAGAUUUGCAGGCAGCGGAGAGGGGACCAACUUUGCUGAUGGCAGAUGAAAACUCACAAGGAGGCUCAUUAAGUGCUCUUCCCCAAAAGGGAAUUUUAGAUAGGGUGUCAUCAUAGGGAAGCCCUAUCAACCAUUUAGUUUAUUGAUGCAAAUCAGUUAAGUUGACUUUGUAGCAGUUUAGAAAAAUGUGAUAUUCCAAUUUUUUUUAAAAGCCCUUUGAUCUAAUGCAUCUCAUGUUAAGUAUUGGUCUACCUUUAUUUGAAAUAACAGCUUUAUAUAUCUGAAGGUACUGUAUUUUGUUCCCCCCUCAGAUUGUUUUAAAGAAGAGCCGAGGCUAAAGUCAAGAAGUAUUCCUUCAUCCCCUGAUUGACUCUGCGUAAUUACUAUUGUACAUGUGCUGAGGUUAAAAUAUCUGAAUUUUGUAUUUCUGUUUUUCAUAUUCAUAUUUUUUCAUAUUUUUCAGUAGAUAGAUAGCCAAAGCUGAUGCCAUUGUUAUUUGCAGGAGCUUGCUAUUUAUUUUUUAAUUAGGGCAAUGUAAUAAAACUGAUGUGUAUAAUUAAUAGAAUAGACUAAUGCAAGUUUUAACCUUGUAAUGUGUUUACUUGUUUAUGAUGAUUAAGCAAGAUGCCUUCUAUGAGACUAUGGCAAAUGUUAGAAGCCACUUUUAAUUCUCUAUAUAAAGUUACUUCUAGAAAAACAAAAUAUUUCUCUUUCCUUCUCUGAAUGAAUAUUUAUCAACAGGGUUGCUGUAAAUAUGCAUCUUUUCACUUGUUUAUAAACCUUUUUGGUUUUUGAGAUUAUUUUAAGUAACAUCGCAAAUAAAAUAUUACGGUUAAGCAAAUGUUUGAUGUAGGGGAUUCAACCUGGGAAGCAGAACAUUUACAAAACAGUUUGUAAACAGAAUAUGAAAACAAAUGUUUCAGAACGAUUUAUAGCAAUAAAGCUCUGCAUGACUUCCCUCACUUGUUCGUUUCACAUGCUUUUCACUGUAUAACAGAGUAAAAGGAGAGGUGUUUUAGACAUGGUAAAUCCUGUUUGGGCCGGUUGCAGCAGCAGUUCCUAGGAAAGGACAGACACUGAUAUAUUCUUUCUCUUCCUUUACUGAAAUGGCUCCUGGUGUUGGAGAUGGCUAAAGGAAUGGAAAACCCUGAAGUGUUCCCCUCACCCUCCUGUAUUCAUUUUUGGAAGAAGUAGCAAGUCUGUCAUCUCUCUUUUUUUUACAGGAAAGAUAGAAAAAGUGUAACUGGAAGCCUUGGACCCUAUGCCUGUAUCUUUCCUUUCCACAGCUAACUGUACCCAAGAAUACCAACCACAGGCUUCUACUUUCGGUCUCGUCAUUCAUAUUUGGAAUGCGAGUCUAAACUACUAAGUAUAAAUCCUUCAAAGGGAUAGAAAAAUGCAAAAAUUUAAAACUCCCACUUAUUACCAGCGUUUUGCAAAAUGAAAGCCAUUCACUUGCAAAACAUGUGGGUUGUUUCAUGUAUGCUACUUAGAAAUAUGAUUAAGUACAUGGUUAAGUCCCUUUUAAUUGAAUAGGGAAUAUACGAAAGCAUUUUUAUUUUUUUUGCAUUGCCUUAGUGUAAGCAGAGUUUUAAAAUUAUUCUUUUUGUGUAUUAGUGCUUAGUGUUUCUGUUUGAGUGAAAUAAACUGUGACAUAGA